AUGCAGUCUUACUGCCUGCGAGCUGGCAUUCUGAAAGGAUCGUCUUCGGGUGUCGACUUCGCCUUCGGAGUCGCGGAAGCGGCGGCCGCCGCCUCUGCAACGGCCAGGGCGGAGAAGGAAGGCUCCAAGACCAUGAAGGAAGCCAAGGCCGCGACCACUGCCUUGUACAACAGGUGCAAGAACAAGUUCCACGUGGUCUGUCUGCUUCUCAUGGACUUGGACCUCAUGAACGCCUUGAACAGCUGGCAUGCAAUCACUUUUCCUCUGUCCAGACAGUUGAACACUUUGCGUAGAGAAGUCAGGGGAAGGCAAGGCGCAUUGGCCAUGUGGCGUUCGUUCGCCUUGGGAGACUGGAUUUCCGUUCUCUCAGAAAUGCACGACGCCAUUUUCGAUGCCGAUCUUCAUCAUCGCCUUGGCCUUCUAACGCAAGAAGAUUGCGCCGGCUCCAUGUUCUACAACAAGUUGACCGAGAAGUGCCUGACCAGCAUGGCCUUCUUCGACUUCCCGCACAAGCUCGUCUUGCUCACCGGCAACGACACCUCGGCCAUCCAAACAGUGUGCGUGGAACUCGAAGAUCAGGCAAAGGCUUUUGAGAGUGCUCAAGGCAUUCGAACGAAGUGGUGCAAAUCUGCCUGCCAGACCUCGCCCAUGCAGCACCGGCUUGUAAAAGAUGUGCUCCAGGACAUUCGCCAGAACAAUGGCAGCGCCACACCGAUGCUGCGGACGGUCAUGACGGAUCUCUGGUCAAACUUAGCCUUUACCUUCAACGAAGAAGGAUUCCGUGCGAUGCGACAGCACGAACAAGGCCAGAACUUGAGUCACGCAAUGCCGUCCAUAGAUGGCUGGGCGAAGCUAACAGGCGACAACAUCCUGGGGUCCUUCGGCUACCAAGAGAUCGAGCCGGAUGAUGCCGAGGAGGGGCGGCUGCAGGACCUCGUCCACACGUGGCGGACCCGCUUCCUCCAGCGUGGGCUGGUUGUGAAGGACAGGAGAUGCCCGGACUUGGUCUUCUUCAGCCUUGGUCCCUGGCCCACCUGUGCGGCGGCCCUUUGCAUUUCCGUGCAGAAAGUCGAGGCUGCGGACAAGAGUGUGUUUUACACCUUGCCAAAGCCGUUGACACGGGGGCAUCUGCACUGGAAGGUUGUGGAGAAGUUUGCCGACUGGCAGGUCCUGCAAACGACGAUCGUGUCGCCUUUGCACGCAGGGAUUCUGCAGAAAAGCAGCGGCAACAAAAAGAAACCUGCAGAGUUGCAGGUCCCACACCUUCCUGGGAUGUGGCGCGAGCGUGCCAAGAAUCCUGUCGCCUUGCUGAAGCAUGCUGCUGCUCAUGCCUACUGGGACAUCAGCAGCUUCUACGUCAAGCUGCUCCUCCAGGAUGAGUUCGGCUUGGCAGAGGCGGACACGGAUUGGCGCGAAGACGACUUGGGCUUCGCCUUGGAGGCCGCAGUGGCAAAGGGCAUGAACUGCAGCCCGGAAGAAGUUGCCAGCAUUCUAGAGCGGAACAUCCACUGGCGCUGUCCAUCUGCGAAUGAGGAGCUCGACGAGAUUCUGGCUUCAGACAUGCUGGACGAUGUCCUCGGGAAGGAUGCUCAAAAGGACGUGGAGGCUGCGCAGCGGACACGUCAAAGCCAGGCUGUCGAAGCGGCGAUGCUGACCAGAGCUGUGGCGAGGAUUCGCAAGCGCCUUCGUUCGACUUUGGGAUCGGCUUCGAAAUCGGCUGCGUCUUCGUCGUCUUCGACGAGGCGCAAAAAGGUCCGAUUCGAGUCCAAUGCUGCCUGGAGCGUCGAGGACUUGCAGCAAUUGCUGCCGCCUUUUUACAGAGGGUACAAGGAUCAGUUCAACAAGUGCUGGAGAGUGUUCCACAAGCAGCACCGAUGGAGCGCAUCCAGGUCUUGGGGUCCCAGCGGAGCAGAUAGCAGGUGCUGCUACAAGCUACUGCACAUGAGCUGGAGACGCUACCUGCAACUGAAUCCUGGCGAGACUUGCCCGUAUGAGUUUCCGCCCGAGGUGUAG